CGCCCAAAUUUUCCAAACAUCUGUACAAUCACAUCUCGCGAGUUUCACGAUGAAGUUCAUCAUCAUUUUGGCCUUUUUGGCAACUCUUUGUGUUGGUUUGAAUUCUGUGGAAGCUCAACAAUGUGGCAAGCAUGAGGUCUACCUCCAGUGCGGACCGUCCUGUCCGCCGACUUGCGAAUCACCCAGCCCUUCCGGUCCCAACUGCCCGAUGGUUUGCAAGGCCGGCUGCCACUGCAAGCCCAAGUACAUCCGCAAUGCCAAGGGAGAGUGCGUCAAACCCGGCAAGUGUUCCACCGGAUUCUUUGGUUAACUUUUUUUGAAUAAAUAU